AACAAAUUCCAAUUGGAAAUAGAAACGAAACAAUGCAGAUUGCUGCAUUAUUAUACAAGUGAAGAAGAAGAGAGUGCCAUUUUCGGCUGCUAUUUGUGCACGUCCCUGUGCCUGUGUGUGAGUGAGUGUGCGUCGCGUGUGUGCUCUGCGCUGAGGUGUUUGUUGGCGAACGACAGCGAAAGGCGACAAGCAAACAAACAAACAAGCAACACACAGGACUAUUCUUUGGCUGGAAAUCUGAUAUAGCCGGGCAUCGGAAUCGGGAUUGGAUUCAGAAUCGGAAUCGGAAUUGAAAUCAGAUAUAUUCGAAUCAAAAAUCGCACGCGGCACGUGACUUGAAACGCAGAAAUCAUUGUUCAAUGACAGCAGCCGCGGCAGGUUUUACCGCUGCUGCUACUGCGUCUGCUGCUGGCCACGCCCCUUCCGCAUCCGCCCCCAAAGCCGAGCCCAUUGCAGCGGAUAAAGCCAAAGUGCACAGUUAACAAAGCAACCGAAACUGGAAGAUUUAGUUGUGGUCCUGGUCAAGAACGAGGACCACUUUUAGGACAGACAAUCGCAGGAGAUUUGCAGUCUAUAACGUUCGCAUAUAGAGGCCCAAAGAGACAAAGGAUAUCAUACGUCACGAUGGUGAAGACGUUUCAGGCCUAUCUACCGUCCACGAAUCGGACAUACUCAUGUGUUCACUGCCGCGCCCACCUCGCCUCCCACGACGAGCUCAUAUCGAAGUCGUUUCAGGGUAGCCAGGGACCGGCCUAUCUGUUCAACUCGGUGGUGAACGUGGCCUGUGGCCAGACGGAGGAGCGGGUGCUCCUGACCGGCCUCCAUGCGGUGGCGGACAUCUACUGCGAGUGCUGCAAGACGCCGCUGGGCUGGAAAUAUGAGCACGCCUACGAGUCCAGCCAAAAGUACAAGGAGGGCAAGUUCAUCAUUGAGCUGGCGCACAUGAUCAAGGAGAACGGCUGGGACUGAAGGGCUGUCCGUGUGAUGGGCUGAUUAAUCAGGAGCACACCCGUAACAGGAUCAGGAAAACAGGAACAGCAGCAACAGCGGCGGCGGCGGCGGCAGCGGCGGGAAAAGCAGCGAGUUCACCACACAAAAAACGAAACACACACGCGGCAAAUUGCAGACAAAGAGUGUUUAAAAAAUGGCUAAAGUCUGGAAAAAUGCGAAGGGAGAACACACAGAGAAUAAAGUGGAGGACAGCGGAAAAGCGAGAUCGAUUUUUAGGGUACCACACAAUAUAUAUAUGCUAUUAUAUAGUGCAUAACUCGUCGUAUCUAUAUAGAGCAAAACAAGCAAAUCAAUUAAACACACAGAUAUACCGCACAUUCGAUCGAAAUACACUCAUUACAUAAAAAGCUUGAUUUCGGUUUGGGAAGGAUCUCUGCGCUGGCCGCCAUCUAGGAUUUCCGCACUUUCAUUUCGAUUACCAUUGCCCACUAAUACCACUUUGUUUUCCCUUUACCAUUUUGCGUUGCAAGUUUAUUCAAUUGUGUGUACUUUCUGUGCAAAAUUAAUUCGAUGCCUUAAUUCGAUGAUUUCAAAUGUAAAGCUGGCGAAAGCCACACGCAAAACAGAACUUGCACUGCCAAUUAAUAAGAAAAAUGUUAAGCAUCCAAAAAUAAAAAAAUACAGCAACAGCAGGAGCCAUUUGAAACACAUGCGAAAUCAAAAAUGCGGAAAACAAAUUGAUGACACUCACCGAUAUACACAAACAUACACACUCAAACAUUUAUUAACGUAGUAGAUAUAUUUAAUAAAAUUAUUAAAAUUAAUUAUUUAAUGCCAAUUUGCUUGAAACAAACAAAAACACACACGAAAAAGCGAUAUAAACUUAAACUACAAAAUUGUCAAUGUGCAAAUGUAAAGAACAAGCGAAAAAUAAAGGCGGCAAGGUGCGCGUCCCCACCGCCAGGUGGCGUUCUGGUGAUAUCCUCCGAAUGCCAUUUGACACUCGAGAAUGAUGCACCGGUGUGCGGUGGAAAAAGGGGGUGGGAAAUGAAAGAAAUUAUAUGAAAUACAAGCAUAUGUCAUGCCUAACUUUAAUAUAUGAAUAUAAAUAUACACUAUAUAUCUAUCUAUAUAUGUAUAUUUAUCAAAGAGAGAAAUGCGUAUUUAUGUCGCAAAAUAUCGUACAUUAAUCAAAUCGAAGGAAAGCUGGAGCUAAGCAAGAAAAUAAAUAUAUGUAUAACGGCGGAAAAUGAAAAGAGCAUAUUUUUAAAGCAGAACGGAUUAUGAAAUAUGAAUAUGCAAAAAAUAACUGCCAAGAACUAUUUAAGUUAAAUGAUGUUCUCUAAGUAGUUAUAUUAAUGUAUCUGAGGAAUAUAUUUUGUGGUAGAAUUAAAACUAACUAGAAUAAAACGAGAAACAAGAAAACAGAAUACAGCAACAGAAUUCAAUAAAAAAAACAAAUUCAGAAAUCAAAUCCCUUUCGAAAACGAGUAACAUUGAAAUCGCUGAACCUUAUUUGUGUCCUUAAUUUCAUCUUCUUAAGCAAUUGGCCGUACUUAAGCUCGAUCUAUAUAUAUAUAUACAUAUAUAUAUAUAUAUAUCAUUCCAACAUAUAACCUAGUUUUGUCAAAGCUUUGAGCUUUGUUCGACCAUUUAGGCAUUGACUACUGUACUCCAUGCAUGUGAUGCACCAUGAACGAAACACAAAUUUUGAAAACGGAAUUCAUAGAAAAACGAAAAACCAACUGAUGUUAGUAUUUACAUACAUACAUGUCACUAUACAUACUUGCAUACAUACAUACAUAAAACGAGACCACCUUUACAUUAAAAUACAAAAACCUACAAACAUCAAAACACAUCCAAAUACAGUCAGCGACAUGAAACGCAUGCAGCCGAUUAAGAUGUAUUAAAAUCUCAAUUCAAGAUUGCAAUAAAGCGCAUUUUUAGCUCAACAAA